CUUUUACUCAUGGCAGUACUGGUUGGCCGGUUUCUAUCGUGUGCGUAAAAUAACCACAGAAAGUAAAUUUUCUUAAUUUUUUUGAAAUUAAUAGUUAAAAAUUAUUAGAGAUUUUGCCAAGCUAUGCCCAAGGACAAGAAAACCCCCAAAGAAUCGCCUACAACGAAGGAUAGCAAUAAUGGUAAACUGUUGGAUGAUAAAAAACUGCCAACAGAUUCGCAGACGAACAUUGAAUUAUUAAAUGAUGUUCAGUCUAGCACUAACGCAGCACAAAAUGAUAGUGUAGGCGAUGGAACAAAUAGCAAACUUGAGAACGAUACGCAUGUGACCGCUAAUGAAAAAUCGUCGGCCGUCGUUAAAUUGGGUGUUGAUUUGAAUAUGUGUCAUAGGCAGGAUUUGCUGCAAGCUGUUUCUGAAGCCGUGUCUGGCAAUCGUCCUGCAAAACAAUUUGCAUUUUGGUCUACUCAGCCCGUACCAAAACUAAAUGAAGAAAUCACAACAAAUGAAUGUAUAGAACCGGAUAAAGAUAUUUCAGAAAUACGCGCUGAGCCAUACGCUUUACCUGACGGGUUCAAAUGGGAUACUUUAGAUUUGAAUAGCACUACCGAUCUCACUGAAUUAUAUACACUGCUCAAUGAAAACUAUGUGGAGGAUGACGACGCCAUGUUUCGCUUUGAUUACCAACCGGAAUUUCUGAAAUGGUCUUUGCAAUCUCCCGGCUGGAAACGGGACUGGCAUUUGGGAGUGCGCGUAGUUAAAUCAGGUCGGCUAGUGGGCUUUAUUUCGGCUAUACCAAGUAAUCUAAGAGCAUACGAUAAAGUACUGAAAGUGGUCGAAAUCAACUUUUUAUGUGUGCAUAAGAAAUUACGUAGCAAGCGUGUAUCGCCUGUUCUUAUCCGGGAAAUAACCAGACGCGUCAACUUAACUGGCAUCUUCCAGGCAGCUUAUACGGCCGGUAUAGUGUUGCCAAAGCCGGUGGCGACUUGUCGUUAUUGGCAUCGUUCUCUCAAUCCAAAGAAAUUAAUUGAUAUUAAAUUUUCACAUUUGGCUCGCAAUAUGACGAUGCAACGUACGAUUAAAUUAUUUAAGUUACCAGAUCAGCCAAAAACUAAAGGGUACCGUCGCAUCGAAUCAAAAGAUAUGGACAAAGCUCACAAGUUGCUAGAUGAACACCUUAAACGCUUCUCGUUAUGCCCGGUUUUUUCAACAGAUGAAUUUCGUCAUUGGUUUACGCCCAAAGAGGGUAUAAUUGAUUGUUUCAUCGUUGAAGAUGACCAAGGUAAUAUAACUGAUUUGACAAGCUUUUAUUGUUUGCCCUCGUCGGUAAUGCAUCACCCGAUCCAUAAAACUCUGCGUGCUGCUUAUUCAUUUUACAAUGUUUCAACUAAAACUCCCUGGAUAGAAUUGAUAAAUGAUGCUCUAAUAUCAGCGAAAACGCUGCAAAUGGAUGUUUAUAAUGCUUUGGACCUAAUGGAAAAUAAGAAAUUUCUAAUGCCUUUAAAAUUUGGUCCAGGUGAUGGAAAUUUACAAUAUUACCUAUACAAUUGGAGAUGUCCUCCGAUGAAACCACAAGACGUUGCUUUGAUACUGUUGUAGUUUAUACGGUUCUGUCUCCUUUCGAUUAUUUCUUCUUUAAACAAAAAUUGCUUUGUAUUUUAACUACAGAAUAUCAAUUGCAAUGGUUUGUGUUCUCAAGUAUUUUUUUAUUUUUUUCUUUGUCUUAAUAAAUACAUUGUAUCUGAUUAUACUUUGCUUGGAAAGUGAA